ACCCCAUCUUUUUCCUUUUCCCUUUGUUUCUCCGAUCUCAUCGUUUGUUUGUGGCUUGCUUGAUCUCCAAGGCUCCUGCAAUGGCGGCGAAGAAGAGCGUGGGCGAUCUCAAGGGCGCUGAUCUGAAGAGCAAGAGGGCGUUCGUGAGGGUGGAUCUCAAUGUCCCGCUCGAUGAGAAUCUCAACAUCACCGAUGACACCAGGAUCCGGGCCGCUGUGCCGACGAUCAAGUACCUCAUGGAACAUGGCGCCAGAGUCAUCCUCUCUAGCCACUUGGGACGCCCCAAAGGUGUUACUCCAAAGUACAGCUUGAAGCCUCUUGUGCCCAGGCUCUCUGAACUUCUUGGAGUUAAUGUUGAGAUGGCCAAUGACUGUAUUGGUGAAGAAGUUGAGAAAAUGGUUGCUGCUCUGCCAGAUGGAGGUGUUUUGUUACUUGAGAAUGUGAGAUUCCACAAGGAGGAAGAGAAGAAUGAUCCAGAGUUUUCUAAGAAGCUGGCUUCUCUCGCUGACCUCUAUGUUAAUGAUGCCUUUGGCACCGCACAUAGGGCUCAUGCAUCCACCGAGGGUGUAGCCAAAUUCUUGAAGCCAGCUGUAGCUGGCUUCUUGAUGCAGAAAGAACUUGAUUAUCUUGUUGGUGCUGUUGCAAAUCCCAAGAAGCCCUUUGCAGCCAUUGUUGGUGGCUCCAAGGUGUCAACCAAGAUUGGAGUGAUUGAGUCUCUGUUUGAGAAGGUUGAUAUUCUUAUUCUUGGUGGAGGAAUGAUAUUCACAUUUUACAAGGCACAAGGAUACUCAGUUGGCUCAUCCCUUGUGGAGGAAGACAAGCUUGACCUUGCCACAGCUCUUAUUGAGAAAGCAAAGACCAAGGGAGUGUCACUCUUGUUGCCUACUGAUGUGGUUAUUGCCGACAAAUUUGCUGCUGAUGCCAAUAGCAAGGUCGUACUGGCAUCUGAAAUCUCAGAUGGUUGGAUGGGGCUUGAUGUUGGUCCUGACUCCAUCAAGACAUUCAAUGAAACCUUGGAUACCACCCAGACCAUCAUUUGGAAUGGGCCCAUGGGUGUGUUCGAGUUUGAGAAGUUUGCUGCGGGCACAGAGGCAAUUGCAAAGAAGUUGGCUGAACUCACUGGCAAAGGUGCUACAACCAUCAUAGGAGGCGGUGACUCUGUUGCUGCUGUCGAGAAGGCAGGACUUGCCGACAAGAUGAGCCACAUUUCAACAGGAGGUGGUGCUAGCUUGGAGCUAUUGGAGGGCAAGCCCCUUCCUGGAGUCCUUGCUCUUGAUGAUGCCUGAAACUACUGUCCCCUUGACAAAAAGGUUCUGUGUUUUUUUGGUUGAUGUUGUGCAUCUGCUCUAGGCUUUGAUGGAGUUAUAUUAUGUAUUCCCUUUGCCAGUUUCUAAGUUUUGUAGAUGGUUCUAAAUAAGUCCGGUUUCCAGCACCACCAGUGAGUGCUGAGAAGAUGCUUGUAUUCAAAACCACCAUCGCGUAUGUGUACUUUUGAGUGAUUUUCUUUUUGAUGGAUGUUUAUCAGAAGAUCAGUGUACAAGAGAACCAACCAUAUGUAAGAGUUACUUGAUUAAUAAGAAUGGAUUCAAUUCACCUGCCAA